UCUCUUUCUCAUCAUCAUAUCACACCACGUACCAUUUCAAGAUCCAGAUUUUGAUUUUCAGACAAAAGUGUAACUCGACAUGGGAACGUUCACGAGCUUACGCAAAGCCUAUGGAGCCCUCAAGGAUUCCACCACCGUUGGUCUCGCUAAGGUCAACAGCGAAUUCAAGGAUCUAGACAUCGCGAUCGUAAAGGCAACCAAUCAUGUAGAGUCUCCUCCCAAAGAACGUCACGUUCGUAAGAUAUUCUCCGCGACAUCUGUGAUACAACCACGAGCAGAUAUUGCUUACUGCAUUCAUGCAUUGUCUAAGAGAUUAUCCAGAACUCGCACUUGGGUUGUAGCAAUGAAAGUGUUAAUAGUCAUUCACAGAACGUUAAGAGAAGGUGAUCCUACGUUCAGAGAAGAGCUUCUAAACUACUCUCACAGAAGACACAUUCUCAGAAUCUCCAACUUCAAAGACGACACAAGUCCUCGUGCUUGGGAUUGCUCUGCUUGGGUUAGAACAUACGCACUCUUUCUUGAAGAGCGGCUUGAGUGUUAUCGCGUCUUAAAGUAUGAUAUAGAGGCAGAGCGUUUGCCAAAAGCUUCAGGUGCAGCUUCCAAGGUUUGUCUUCUCACGUCUCAUCAUCAAGAAACUACGCAUAGGACAAGGAUGUUGUCUGGUGAAGAUCUGUUAGAACAGUUACCUGCUUUGCAACAGCUUCUUUUCCGGCUUAUCGGAUGUCAACCUGAAGGAGCAGCUUAUAGCAACUAUCUAAUCCAGUAUGCUCUUGCAUUGGUGCUUAAAGAAAGCUUCAAAAUCUAUUGUGCUAUCAAUGAUGGAAUCAUUAACCUUGUAGACAUGUUCUUUGAGAUGACAAGACAUGAUGCAGUGAAAGCUCUAAACAUAUACAAACGAGCUGGUCAACAAGCUGAAAAUCUAGCUGAGUUUUAUGAUUACUGCAAAGGGCUAGAGCUAGCAAGGAACUUUCAGUUCCCAACAUUAAGACAGCCUCCUCCAUCGUUUCUUGCAACAAUGGAAGAGUACAUUAAAGAAGCGCCUCAAAGUGGUUCUGUACAGAAAAAACUGGAGUAUGAGGAAAAAGAGGAGGAACAAGAACCACAAGAAGAAGAACAGCCUGAAGAACCUGAAGAAGAUGAAAACCAAAACAAGAACACCGAAAAUGAUCAGCCGCUUAUCGAAGAAGAGCAAGAGGAGCCUCAAGAGGAGAAAGCAGAGGAAGAAGCUGAACCUUCACCAUUGAUAGACACUGAUGAUUUACUAGGUCUAAAUGAAAUAAACCCUCAAGCCGCAGAUAUAGAAGAAAAAAAUGCAUUGGCUCUUGCAAUAUAUCCACCAGGACAUGAAACUUCAGGCCCAUCUAAUAGUCUAAGCUUAAUAGAAGCUGGAGGAAGUGGUUGGGAGCUUGCAUUAGUCACACCACAGAACAACAACAACAACAAUAACAAUAACCCUCGUCCUACAAUAGCAACAAAACUAGGUGGAGGAUUUGACAACCUUCUGCUAGAUAGUCUCUACGAAGACGACACAGCGAGAAGGCAGAUCCAAUUAACCAAUGCUGGUUAUGGAUUUGGAGCCACUGCAACAACUGGAGAACCAGCAUCAUUGAACCCGAACCCGUUUGGGAUGCAACAAGAUCCUUUUGCAAUGUCUAAUAACAUGGUUCCACCAACCAAUGUUCAAAUGGCAAUGCAACAGCAGCAAAUGAUGAUGAUGAAUAAUCAAAAUCCAUAUAGCAACAACAACUAUUCACUUUAUCAUCAGCAAAAUCAUCACUUCUCAUCAAAUCCUUCAUCUUCUUCUUCUAACCCAUUUGGUGACGCUUUCCUUGCUCUUCCUGCUCCUCCUUCAUCUGCUACUCAGCAACAACACAACCAUCAUCAUAUGCUCCUUUAGGAAAAGCUAUCUAAAUAACUUGUCUCUUGUUUUUUUUAUUGUUAAUUUCGAUUAAAUUAGGUUAUAUAUUAUUAUUAUUCUUUGAUUCUUUACUAGUAUAAGACUCUUCUGCAUUGUUGGGAUAAUUUUCCUUUUUCUCCUUUAAUUUUGAUUUUUAUUUCAGCUUAAUAUUUGUAAUGCGUACUUCUCUUUUUUUUUUUAUAUAAAAGAUGUUCAGAAUAUAGAACCAGACACGACAAAGAUGUUAAGAAAUAAAGUUGUGUUUUCAUAAAAAAAUAUAAUGUGAUUUGUGAGGGAAUAUACUUCGCAAUUCUUUCGAGAAUGAUGAUUUGUUAGGAAAUUGCAAAAAUGGUUUUCUCACUAAUCAAAUUACGCCGCAAUUUUCUCGCAAAUUUGUGAUGGAAUAUUUUCUUCUUGUAAAUUUACGAAGGAACAGUUUCCCAUGCAAAUUUUUGUAAAUUUGCAAAAAUAGUUAUCUUGAAAAUUCUUUGUAAUAUUUCCUCGCAAUAUUCUAAUUAGGUUUUUGCAAAUUUAUUAGGUACAUGGUGCAAAAUCUGUCGUAAAUUCGUAAUGCUCUAAAAAGACUUGAGAGGGAUUUGUGUAGAUUAUUUUUAAAUCUCUUGCAAAACCUUUGCAACUAUGUAAUUGCGAGAAAACUAAACAACUCCAUCACAACUCCCUAGCAAAUUUACGAGGGUUUUGCGAGGCAUUUAAAAUAUUCAUGCUACACCUUUUUCAAAUUAUCUAGAGAAUUGCGACGUAACUGUAUAUAUUAUUUAAAUAAAUAUAAAUAAAAUUUUGCAAAUACAUCUAAUAAUAUUUUCAUAACUAAAAUAAACAUAAGUUUGAAAUUCAUUACAGAAAAUUAAAAUAAAUAUUAAUUUAAAUAAAAUACAAAAAAUAAACAUCUUUCGAAUCAUCCUCGGAAUCGUUGUCUUUGGCUUGAGAAUUCUCGAAAGGCAUAUAGUAGUAGUCUAAAGAAUGGUCGCAAUCCAGCUCGGUACUCUUGUCACUUUCCCAAUCUCCGGAUCUUUGUGAUUGAACAUCUAUGCCUAUAAUGCGUAUAUUUCAUAUCCUGAAACUAUUAUUUCUUUGUUUUUUAAUGUUGAAAAUUCUGUUCACUUUCGCCUAUUUAUAAAAUUUUAAGAAAAUUUGUGAGAGGCUUGCGUAAUAACUGAGAAAAAAUUGCAAAAGAUAUCUCCCUUGCAAAUAAUUAGAUACCCAUAUUCAAAACAUGUUUUAAUUUAUUCAAUUUUCGAAAGAGAAUUAGGAUGAAUCAGGUAUGACUUGCAAAUCUUUCGCAAAUCUCUCCAAAAUUGAGGAAAGAAUUACGAUGAACCAAAUAUAACAUAUACUCCAUCCGUUUUUUAAUAUAAGUCGUUUUACAGCUAUGCACGUAGAUUAAAAAAGUCAUUAAUUUCUUAUAUUUUUUAAACAAAAACAUCAUUAAUUAUUUACCUAACCACAAUUCAACCAAUAAAAAAAUAUAAGAUAUAUUACUAUUGGUCAUACAACAUUAAUUAUUAAUAAAUUUUACAUAGAAAACCAAAAACGACAUAUAAUUUGGAACAAAAAAAUUUCUCUAAAACGACUUAUAAUAAAAAAUGGAGGGAGUAAUAAGUUACAAAAAAAAAAAAAGUAUAACAUAUAAUCUUUUGCAAAUCCCCAAAAUCUAGUGGAUCCCUUGACAUUUUCCCCACCACCUCACACUUUCUGUCACUUAUUCAAAAUCUUUUACCAACUUUAAUUAAUUAAUUGGAUAGACAUUAUUUUAUUCGUAUUUACAACUCGUUAGGGGAUAUCCCUUCUCAGUAAGGAAAUCGUAACUAAUGAAUGAUAAGAAAAUAUUUUUUUACAGUUUGGCUUAUAAUUUAUAAUUCAUAUGUGUUUUGAUGUUGUAUGUACGUAUUGUAUUGUUGUUCCAUUAAUCCAGUCACAUGACCAAAAAAUUAUAGUUCAUAUGCAACUUUUCAUCGUGGGUGGACCCUUUUAUCUUUUAAAUGAUGAGAAAAAAAAAAACAUAUGUGUAAGUUGACCGCAAUAGUGGAAUAUCAAGUAAGACUUGAUCAAUUAAAGGCCAUGAGAACGAGACAGAAAAUUAUGAUACAAAAAUCUUAAAUUUUGCAUACUUAAGAUGGCGGGUCAAAGCGACUACCUCAAUGUUAUAAAUUAUCAUCAAGGCUUACACAGCCGUGAACUGAGCAAAUCUUUUCUUUUGUUCAUCAAGCGUUUAUUAACAAAUUAAAACUAGAUUCAAAGCUGAUGAUCGGAAGAACACAAACCCGUUGAUUGGAAGAAUACAAUUCUAAAAUAAAUGGUAGUUUAGCGGAUACAAAUUCAGUAAAGGUUUAACAUAUACAAUUCCAGAAUCAAACACACGCAAAGGUUAAACCAACAAAACAUAAUAUAAGAAAUAUAAGCUAACGAAUCGCUAACACCCAAAAAAAUAAUAUUAAUAUAAGAAACGAGAUCAAACCACUAAAACACCUAAACAGAAACACUAACAAUACAUACUAUCGUUUUUCAAAAGAAAAGAAAGAAAAACAGUACAUACUACUAGGGACAGGCAUAAGCUGGAUACUUACCAUUUGCAGUAUACUUGAUACUUAUCUUACUGGUACGAGUAAUAUAACUAGGACUUGUAUUUUUUUUUUCUUGACAGCAAGAAAAAUUUACAGAAACUAGGACUUGUAUUUAAUUUACUAAAAACGAUCCUUGUUAUUUCGACUACUUGUUCAAAAAAGAGUUACUUUAAAAUUACUUAUCCGUUGUAUUAUUUGAUAUUGAGGAGUAUUUGUGAUUUACUUACAAAUAUUUCAGAAUAUUUAAACAUUACUUACUAAAUAAAAUACUCUACUAAAAAUAGACAUGAAAGUUUAUUUUGUUUUUUUGGCUAGAAAAGUACGGUAAAUUUUUAAUUCAAAUAUUUGUAUAUAUUCUAAAGAAGCAAAAUGAUUUUGAUAUAAGAGUCUUUUUUUUUGCUUUUCGUAACAACAAAAUGUCUUUUAUAGUCAAGUAAUAAGUAAUACAAAUAGAAUAACAAAUUUACUUUCAUACUUCUUUUGGUAUCCAUUUAUUUUUCAUACUUGUUAUUUGUUUUAUACUUACAAAUAUCUAAAUUAUAUUAUUUGAUAUUCGACUUGAUAAUGACGAAUACUUGAAAAAUCAAAACGAGAAUAGAUGAAUAGCAAAUAUAAACUGAGUAAUGGAUAUUUGUGUUCAACCUAUAUAUAUAAGCUAGCAAAAUCGCCAACUCAAAUAUAAUAAUAUACUCUGAGCUAGGAAUUAAAUGUCUUUGCGUUAGUAAGUCAAGGGUUAAAAAAAACUACCUGUUUUAUUGUAUAGUUUAAAUCUGUUGGAACCACGAAAACUAUUAGUUUCCAUUCUUUUUUUUGUUUAAUUGUCUGUAUACUUUUAGCUAAAAUUAAAGUUAUUUUCUCAAAAACCAUCUGAUUCUUUGUUUCUUAUAAGAAAAACCUAGUUCUGAAAUUAUUCUAUUAGAGUCUCACAUCAGACAAUUCAAAGAUCUUUGGACAUAUGUGUAUGGGUAAUCCUCCACUCAAGAGUUAAUUUUUGGGUAUGAGUCACGCUCAUCACUAAUAUGAUAUCAUAAUUCAUGAUGAAAGCCCAGCAUAUGAUUUCUUACAUAAACAGUUUCUUACCUAUGUAGCAUGUACAAGUGGUCCAUAUUGCUGUGGUAUGUCCGAGAUGUUGGGCUUGAGUUGUUUCCAUUGGACCGUUUUCCAUCCACAUCUCGAGUGGCCUAUUAGAGUCUCACAUCGGACAUUUCAAAGGUCUUUGGACAAUAUAUAAAUAUAUGGGCAAUCCUCCACUCAAGAGUUAGUUUUUAGGUGUGAGUUAUGCUCAUCACUAAUAUAUUCUUAUUUACAAAUUUUGACUACAACAAUAAAUCACACUCUUAACAUGUCUAAUCUAGUUGGACAAGUAUAGGCAGACAGACCCAAAUAGAUGACUUUCACAAAUUUACAAUUUUGAUUUUUUAUAUAUAAUGAAGUGAUCCCCUCUAUAAUUUAUUUUCGGAUCUUUCUUUUUUUUUUUUCCAUGUCCCUGAUGAUUUAUCUGUUUCCUUUUUCAGUUUUGUAUUGUUUUACUUUUUGAACUCCAUGGAAUCAGUUUUUAUUUAUAAGGUAUUUAAUGACCGUUGUGGAAGUACUGUAGCCUAUUAGUUAAGGUUUAAAGGUUUCUACAUUCAGGUCUAAGGUUCGAACUCCAGACUAUGAAAUUUCUUGUAGAUUAUAGGAAAUCCAGGUUUCAAGUCCUGGAGAAGAGCGAUUUAUUAAUGCAAGUAAAUAUGGUCAGGAAUAGAUCUUCAUAGGACGGCUCAGAUGAUGCAAUUAAGCGUAGAUCUUCAUAAGGCAUGUAAUAUUACCGGUUGUUGAUUUGUCUAUGUAAUCUUUCUCAUAAACGUAAUGUCAUAAUAAAUCAGCGUUAAAAAAAAAUAUUCAGUAACUAAAAAUCUUUCAUUAACGAGUUUUAUAACUUUUAAAUCUGUUACAAAGGUUUUUAUUAUAAUAAUAAAUAAACGGAGCAUAAUCAAAAUAAAUAUAUAAGGAAAAAUUCUAAUUUCACCACAAACCACAAAAUUGAUAUAAUUUGUUCACGUCUCUCUGAAAUUUUUCUUCCUUCUAAAGCUGCGCACACCUCCAACUUUUUGAGAGGUGAACAUGUUUUGUUUUUUUUUUUACUUUAUUUAGUUAUUUCACAUGGAAUAGAAUGAGAAACAUGUAAUUAUUGGUUCUCCGACAUGAAAUGUAUUUGGACUUUUUCUUUGUGGGUUGGCAUCAGCUACUCAGUAAGAAGCUUAUUCGAUUAAUAUGUUUGAUGGGGGUAGUUCGGCCUUUGGAGGGCAUUCAUGUGAAUGAUUCCAAAGGAUUUAAACUGUGCAUAUCCCGAAUGUGAAGUCCGACACCAAACUGGUACAGGUUGGGAUAAGUAUGAUGUGCACGCUGAUGAAGUCGCACUUACAUGACACCAAAUUUAAACAUGGUAUGUGAUAUCUCAGCAUCUAUUACAUUUGAUACAUUUGUUAUAAAAAAAAAAAACAAAUGUGUCAAAUGUAGUAGAUGCUGAGAUAUCACAUUUGAUACAUUUCUUAUUUAGAAGACAGUGAUCAAAUAGUAAACUUAUCCUUUAAUAUCAUUUUAUGAAGUGUCAUCUUUGUUUUUCUUAGGAAACCAGUAUAUGCUUUCAUGUUUUUUAUCAUUAGAUUAUAUUAAAAACAUGAAUUUUUUACAAAAUCCAGUAAAAAAUACUUGUUAUGUUGUGAUUAUUUUUUAUGAGGUAAAUAUUAUCGCAUAAUUAAUUAUUUAAAUAAUUAAGAAAACUGUGGUUAAAACACAAAAUAAGUAGGCUAAAAGAAAGAGAGAAAAUGUUGAUUUCUCUAUAAAAUAGAGUAACUCUACAUGACUACAUUUAUUAAUCUUGAAUUUGAUACCACUUCUAAUGUAACUCUAUUAUAGAGUUACUCUAUUUUAUAGUGAAAAAUAGAGUAAUUCUGUAAUAGAGUUACGUUAGAAGUGGUAUCAAAUUCAAGAUUGAUAAAUGUAGUCAUCACCAGAAUGACACCAGAUCGACCAACGAAUAGUCCUUUCCACAACUCCAUUAUAGAGUUACUCUAUUUUGUAAUAAAAAAUAGAUGAACCAUUGGAGAUGGUCUAAGUAUAUACAGUAUAACAUUUUUAAAUUAAUAAUCUGUAAAUUAAUAUACACUAAAAAUCUCUAUUAAAUAAUAUAAUUUUAUAGUCCCAAAUUAAGUUUUUGGUUCAGUUAGUAUAUCGAUAAAUUAAUAUCUCUAUAAAUUAAUUAAAAAAAAUAUAGGUUUGGUGUAGGCCCAACAUUAUUAUUUUAUAGAGGGUUCACUGUAUAUACAUAUAUCUCCUUUUAUGACAUCCACAUUUUUUAUACAUUGACAUUCUUUGUUUUGUUUAAAUUAAAAAUAAUACAAGUUAUUUGACCGCAAUAAUUGAAUAACUAGAUGAUAAUCCGCGUGCAUGCGCGCAGUAGAUUUUUAUAAUAAUGUUUGUUUAAUAAAUAGUUUUAACAUUUUGCAACACUACAAUCUUUAUUGAUUAGAAAAUUACGAAUAUACAUGUUCGUCUCUUAAAGAUAUCAUCGUUGUUGAAGAGUUAACGUAUUACAUCUCAUUUUAAUUAUUUUUAACACUUCAUAUGCACAAAAGAAAAUUAAGUUUUGCAGUUGACACAAAUCACCAAAACCAAAUAUGCAACAUUGAUUGUAUAAUGACGAAAGGGGAUUAGGUUUUUUACUCUCGAUUUGUUUACUAUUGACUCUCCAUAAGUGAGUUUAUUUUCUACCUCUAUAAAAUUAUGCUUUUAUUAUCGUCUUUGUUUUAUUGAUAUGAGUUAAGUUUUUUUUUAACUUCUUCUAUGAAUUCAGUAAAUUAAAUUAGUGUCAAUUUAAAAAAAAAAUGGACAUCUGUAAAAAUUAGUUUCACUUCAGAUACAUAUCUAAGAAUCAAAAUUUUGAAAAAAAAUCACCGGCAAACUAUAUUAACAGACUUGUAUUUAAAUCUAAUAUAUCAAGCUGUUAUAGAAUAUAUAUAAGUGCAGUCUCGAAAUAUAUGUCUGUCUAGUAUAUAUUUACUAGUUUGGUCUAAAAAUCAUCCAAUUCUAGAACGACAAAACAAAUUACUUAUCUCACUAGUUUGGGUAAUAUCUGAAUCCGAAUGGAUAUCUGAAGAUAACCAAACAUAAGUUUACUUAACCUUAUAUUUCAAGUUUACUUCUCUCAUUUUAUUCAAAGUAUUUAUAUUAAUGAUGCUUAUUGCUCAAAAGAUAAUAUACAUAUAAUUAUGGAAAAAAUUAUUUGCUACUCAGUUAAAAUAUAUAUCAAGCUCUUGUUUCUUGCAUUAACAAAAGUUGCAUCUAAAAUUUCAAAACAACAACUAAAUUAGUGUAUUUCUAUUUUUUAAGUUUUAUCUCCAAACCUAUUAAUAGUUUAAUUUUUUAAAAAUUAGAAAACCAGUUAAAAUAUAUUUUAAAUACAAAAAAACUUAAACAAUGUAUCAUUUAUUUAUUUUUUCUUCAAAAUUUAAAUAU